AUGAAUAAAACCGUAUAUACAUAUGUUGAUGAACAUUCAAUUUCUCCAUCAUUAAUCUGUCCGAUAUGUUUGGAUAUCCUUGAAGAACCUCAUACACAUAUACCUUGUGAUAGUGCAUUUUGUCGUUCAUGUUUAUUACAAUUAAUGGAACCAUUGUGUCCAAUAUGUCGAUGGACUUGGAAUGAUUCACUUCCUCUUGAUUAUAAUAUACAUUUACCAAAAACUAAUCGAUUAAUACGUAAUAUGCUCGAUGAUUUACAAGUACAAUGUAUUCAUUGUCAUACAAUUCGUCGUCGAGGACAAUUUGAACAUGAAUGUAAAUUAACUCGGAAAGAAUUUCAAGAAACAUUUACAAAUAUUCGCAUGAUUUUCUCGAUUAUAACUCUAAUUUUCUUUCUUACAUUAAUUUAUUAUUAUCGUAAUUAUGUAUUUGAAAACGGAAUUGAUCGUCAUAAUGAAUUAAUCAAAGAAAUUGGUUAUAAUCUCGAUUAUAUAUUAUUAGAAAAACUUUAUUAUUUAAUAAUAAAGAUCAUUGAAUAUUCAAUAACAAUAUUUAUAAUUAAUAUUUGUUUAUGGUUUAGUAUAAUUAUUUAUGGUGAUUAUUUUCUAACAAAAACAAUUAGUCGAAUAUUAAAAAAUAUUUUUGAAAUAACAAUAAUUAUUAAUCUUAUAAUUUAUUCAAUUAAUAAUUCGUAG